UGUGACUCUUACCUCCCUGAACUCCUUCCCCCUCUCUUUACACACACACACACACAAAUACAUACACACACAAACACAUACAGAGAGAGAGAGAGGGGGGGAGAGAGGGGGAGGGAGGGAGAGAGAGAUAGAGAUAGACAGAGAGAGAGAGGAAGAGAGACAGAGAGGGAGAAAGAUAACCAUAAAAUACGACACACACACUUAUAUCGAAAUGUAAAAUAGAAUGGAACAACGAACCCGUGUAUACUUUAUAACUUAUAAGAAUGGCACUUGUAAACAAUGUGGUAUUAUGAUUGUACACUAUUUGAAAUUCUCAAUAUUUAUUAAUUAAAUAAUUUGUAUCCACGAUGAGAGACAGACCGUGCGUGCUGGUAAAACCCUCACUGAAACAAAAGAAACCAAGCAAGAGAAAGAGAAAAGAAAGUUGCCAUAUCAGCUAGCCCUAAAACACGAACUGUGGUAAACUCUGCAGCUCCAGCAUUGGCUUGGUCAGUCACUCCAGACACUGUCCCGUCUCAAGACGAAACCAAAACCAGUUAAUCAUCUGGCUGCAUCCAUAGCCUUCCAGAUAGGAGCCAUAUUAAUAUGUAGGCCUUCAUCUUCAUCCUCUCCCUCUCUCUCUCUCUCUCUAGUCAUCUCUCUCUCUCUCUGAACCCUCCUCUGACGUCAUCUCUAGUUGCAUUCAACAAAGUACAUCUCUCUUCAUUUCAAACAUUAGAGAGCUUAGGAACAGAUUGAAAGGCAUUUAAUGAUUACACAGCAAAACCAAUAAAGACAUCCCCUCUAGACCUACAUAGUAAAGUGUAUUACAAAUAAGUUCCUAUUCUACAUCCCCACUGUGUUCAGUUUACUCCUGAACAAGUACAUAUAGUUCAUUCAACCGAGUCACAUAAAAUAUUCUAGUAUAUUGUAAACUAGCCUUUAAUGCUGCGUUACUUUACUAGAGAAAUAGAUACCAUCUCUUUUGGUAUCUCCGAUUGGUAAUUUGUCAGAAUAAGUCUCUAAGACUAGUUACAAUACAAAUGCCCCCAUAAAGCAGUGGCUCUAAAUGUUAACAAUAAUGGUAGUAUUUAUGGUGACGUUUUAUCUUGUUCUGUGUUUGGUGGCUCAUUCCUACGUGGCUGAACAUUUUGAGAAUCACCGGCCGCUGAUGACUCGGUCAGUUGAGCCUGAGCUUGGGCACGAUGGGGAUUCACAACAAGGUACGGACAUAAUUAACCCUUCGUCAUCACCUGGAACAGAAGUCGAUCAUGCUCAACAUCUUGACACUUCAGCAGCUUUACGAAUGUCGCCAUGCGCUUACAAACACGUGACUGUAGAUUGUUCCGGUCUUGGUCUUGGAAACAUAGAACCUGACUGGUUUCCUACAGACUCGGAAAUGAUCUUAUUAAACAGCAAUCACCUGACACGCUUGUCCAAGUCCAGUUUUAGUCAUUUGAGAAGUCUUAAGUAUUUGGACUUAUCCUACAAUUAUAUUGACCAUAUUGAAUUAGGUGCGUUCGAAGGUCUGUUCGGGUUAGUCAAACUGAAUUUGAGCUACAACUGUGUGUCUUUUACAGGUGCUCUGAAUACAACGGAAGUUUUCAAGCCCUUAAAGGCUCUGAGAGAUUUGGAUAUAAUACAAAACCAGUAUGUCUCUAAUGGCAACGCCUCUUAUACUGGUUUACAUAAUCUAAAAAAUCUACGAUUUUUAUCAAUAGGGUAUUUUGAGGAGAAUCUUUAUUUGGGGCCUGAGUUUCGACUCUUCGAGAAACUUGAGAGCCUGAAAAUCACAGGCUCUGUUAAAUUCAUCCAGGACAACGCGUUUGAAAAUCUGUCUGGCUUGAAAGAGCUGCACUUGAUCCAAAUGAGAGACAUUGUAAAUAUAAGCCAGAAAGUGUUUGAGCCUUUAAAAAGUCUCACCAGCCUCCAAAUUUCGAACCUGAAAACAGAUUUGCAGUAUUUCUUGACUCUCUUGAAGCCGUUUGUCGGACGCAACAUGUCGGAGAUUUUUCUAGAUUCUGUCAGCAUGCAUAGAAAAAAAGUUUAUCAAAUAACCAAGGGCUUUCUGGGCGUGAAAGAUACAAAAUAUUUAGUAAACAUCUGUUUGAAUUCGUUCACACUGAUCAACAGCUACAUUACCUACAUUUAUCCUAACGCAAUGGGCGGCUCACCAGUUUGGCGCUCUUGUUUGCGCAAUUUAAAAAUAUCAGACAAUCCUCUAGAAGGGAGCAGCUCAGAGUUGUAUAGACUUCUGAAUUACAAAAACUUGGAAACUAUAACAGUUAACAAUGCAUUCCGUGGAUGCAACAAGUUCGAAGAGUUCCCUAGCUUUAUGGGCGCCAAUAUCUCUAAAGUAGCGAGUAGCAGUGAGAUCCCUGUAGGCGUGACCAAAGUACAAAUGAACAAAGUGUAUAAUAGCACACUCGCACAGAGCUGUACACCCCCAUGUCAAAUUAUUACAGUACCAAAAAAUCUUAAAAGUAUAAACUUUGGUCGUCUGAUUAACUCAAUGCCUUUAGAUAAAAACCUGCAAUUUGUAGGCGCUAAAAAUCUAGAAUAUGCAAAUGUUGAGGAUAGCGGCUUCCACACAUGCGUAGGUAAUAUCCAUGGAUUGACGUCAUUGAAAACUGCUGUGUUCUCAGGAAAUAAAAUGAGAGAUCUUUCGGAGACAUUUUUCGAUGGAUUUUCAGGACUGGAGAACUUGGCUCUUUCCAAAUGCUUAAUACAGAGAGAUUUUAUGGCGUUUCAGAGUCAUAGACUCUUCCAAAACUUGAAGGAGUUAAGACAACUUGAUUUAUCAUUCAAUUCUCUAAACGCGUUCAGCAACGCAACAUUUUCUUUCAAUUCAAAUCUUCAAUUUUUAAAUUUGAGCGAUAAUCAGUUUAAUUACCUCCCUUUCAACCUAAAACACACACCAGAGCUGCGCGUUUUUGACGUCACUAACAACUCAAUCAUAACUAUAAAUAUCGACGCUAGACACGAACUCGACCAUUUAGCGCUAAGAAACGGAGGGUUUCGACUUUUCCUACGAGGAAAUAUUUUGUCUUGCGGAUGCAGUGACUUGCUAUUUCUACAAUGGCUAAAGAACACACUGGUCGAAUUGGAUCAAGGUGGAAAUUUCUCCUGCAUUGACAAAGACGGCGAACGGAGCUACACUCUCUGUCAUCAAGAUCUGGAGUCUCUCUGGAGACCAUGCUGGGGACAGUACUUCCUUAGCAUUGCCGUCAUCAUUGUUUGCCUUUACGUCAUUGUCUUCUUCAUCGUCUUUCUGUACAUAAAAAGAAAAACAUUCAUCAUUUCCUAUUUCCUUCAACUGUUUGGUCACUUUCAUCUACGCUCAAGGCAGGAUUACAAGAUUGACGUGUUUCUUGGUUACUCGGAUACAGAUUAUCGUUUCCCUUGCCAGGAUCUUCGUGCGUAUUUGGAAGACACUUUAAAACUGACCACUUUUCUUAACGACCGCGAUCUGUUGGCUACGUUGAAUAAGGCCAGCGGGAUAGUAGAGGCCAUUAACUCGAGCUGGAGAGUUCUUCUUGUGUGUAGCGAGGGCUUCUUGAAGGACGAGGACUGGUCACUGUUCACCAUGAGGUCGGCGAUGUAUGCUCAAAGUCCAGCGAACCCUGGCCGAGUGGUUGUGAUGGUACAUCAAAGAUGCCUCCGCCUGCUGCCGACUGAGCUCCUUAGUGCUGUGGAGGAGGACAAUAUCUUGGUUGUUUCUGAGUGGAAAAUAAGCUACGAAAUGGGUGAAAUGCUGAGAACUCGUUUGAGUUGAUUAGAAGAAUACUUAUUGCUUCCUCUGUCUAUUCAAUACAUACCUCGAUGCCUUCACAGUAUACCACCUUCAAACCAACUGUUUCCUCUCAUUGCUACUUAAUGUUCUUUGGGUUCGAUGCCUGCGCCCUCCCGCCCCCCCCCCUCCGCCUUUACCACUCCGCUCACUUCUAACUGUACAAACACUAAGUGUACAAACACUAAGUGUACAAACACUAACUGUACAAACACUAACUGUACAAACACAAACUGUACAAACACUAACUAUACAAACACUAACUGUACAAACACUAACUAUACAAACAUUAACUGUACAAACAAUAAGAACAAGAACUCUUGCAACUAUACUAAGCAAGCAAAAAAUAUACAUUUAUUUCAUGUUGGCAUGGGUCAAUGUAAUUAACAAAGAAAUAUUUACAUUAUGACAUAGUUCCCCUUUCAGACCUUAUGAUUUAGGGGGCGAUGAUGUACAGGUCAUCUGUUUUUGUGGCCCCGUAUGUGUCACGUGGCCAGCACAACGACCAAACGCCUUUACUUUUUCCCAACUAAUGUCAGGUAUCCAGUAGAGCUGGGUGGACUCAAAGGCGCUGGAAAGUAGAAAUCCCAGUCUUGACCCGGGACCCCCAGUUCGGAAGUCAAGCGUUUUAUCACUCAGUCAUAGCGCCUCCAUAAAUAUUGAGAAAAUGGUGUUAAAUUUAGACACGUUUUGAAGAGUAAAAAAAUAUAAGUGCGGUAGUUAGAAAUAAAUGAGUAACAAUUUAAUGUCAAACUUGCUUGUACUUUUAAAUACACUAUCAUUAAUGUUAUCACUACCUCUUGUAAAAGUUAGAUGUAUUUGUCAUUAAGCAUUUAAUAAAUUGUGAUACCAUCAUUUUAUUCCAUUUUGUUGGUAGCGUUUAAAUUAAAGAAACUAUUUUAAUUACCCAUUUUUAAACCAAGUUAUUUUUUUUAUGCGAAGGUCGCUGGCGGCACAUCUGGACAGGAGCAUCAUAAGGCCUGAGAAGAGCAGGGGGUUCUCAACCUGUGGUUCGCGACCCCUUUGGGGGUCGAUUGACAAUUUGCCAGGGGUCGCCUAAUAUCAUCAAAAAUAUGGAUUGUUUUUUGUCAAUUCUUCUAUUGCUGUGUGUGUAAGGGUGGGUGGGGGUCGCGGCAGAUUGGGGGAUUGUAAAAAGGGAGUCACCGAACUUAAAAGGUUGAGAACCGCUGGAGAAGAGGCUUUAAACAAAACUACCAAAACCAAAAUAAUCCUAAAGAAUAUAGACAAGGGCAGACAAUCGAAAAGUAUGAAUCUUAAAUGAAGGAUGUCGUAAUAUUUUAAGACAAAUGAACAAUAUUAAAAUUGUAUCAUCUAUAAAAUAGUUUGAAAUAAAUAUAAAUAAGUGUAAGCAUAUUAAUAAUGUAAUGUUGAAACGAAUGUGUUGCAUGAGAAUCUGUUUCUUGUUCUUUGGUAAAUGUAACAUUCAAGGAUUGGUACAGGCCUGAUACAUAAAAUAAACAUAGGGAACUUCUCCUCAAGCAGAUACACACAGAAAAGAAUCGUGUACCCUCGUAAUAAGAAGAAAGGAGUAGAUCUAGCUGAGAAAAUUUGACACUCUUACCCAUGAUUUAUAUUGCAAGCCUCUCUAAAAGAAUCCUGCGCUAUAGUGAUACAGUGGAAGUGUCGUGGAAGGUUUUACCCUAAAACGACUGUAACAGACUCAAGUGUCUUUCUAAUGAUGCUGGAGAGGCCCUCUUACAUCUCAGGGAGGGUUUAAAUGAAUAAUAUUAAGAGGAAUCAACUGUUUAAUUUGUAGAAAAACUUUAAGGGGCACUAUCAAGCUACUAAGUAAAGAUUUAACACGAUGAAUUUAAUAUACAAACAGGUCAUUAGCUGCUAUCUAAUUAAAGUUUAAUAUUCUAAUAGGAUUGUUUAAAUAAUUAGUCAUUGUUGUGAGUUUCUCUUCGUCUAAGCUAUGAGUUUUGUUUUUGAAAUCCUUUGCACAUGAAGUAGUAAUAGCAUUAUGUAUGGUGACACUUAUAACGAUAAAAUGUUUUGACAAUGACACUAUUUUCAUUUCCUUGUUUAACCUUAUCAUAAUAAAAUUAUUUUCAAUUUCAACUAAAUUUAAUUAUUUUUUUAAUAAUAAUAGCGAAAAAAAGUCCUAUACAGAAGCCAAUGCACUCCACCCC